AUGAAGCAAAGAUUUUGGUUUUGGAAAACGGAUGUUCCUUUCAAGAUAAAGGCGUUUGGAUGGAGGCUUCUUGCUAAUAGGCUCCCUACUAAAGAUCUUCUAGCGAUUAGAGGUAUUCCGUUAUCUUUUGAUGCUUCCUUGUGCUCUUUUUGUAAGAUUGAUUCGGAGAAUCGGGAUCGUUCUUUCUUUUCUUGUUCUUUUGUAAAGAAUAUUUGGAGGGAUAUAGCGGUGUGGAUAGGUAAAGAGGGGUUAGUUGAGGAUGAGAGCCAUUCAAGUUUUAUGGAAUGGCAUUCCUUUUGUAUAUCUAAGAAAGUGUUAGAUAAGAAGGUAGAUAUUGUUUGGUUAGCAAUUACUUGGGCUUUAUGGUUAAGUAGGAAUGAGGUUUGUUUUAGGGAAGAGGUUUGGAGCUUUGAUAAUGUUGUGUGGAACAUCAAAGCGUUGAUGUUGGUAAUAGCUUUGGCGUACCUGUUUGUUAAAGAUAACUUCGUCAACGAGGUGGUUUUUCUUUUUCGAUUUUUCGUUGCAUCAAAUAUUUAUGGUUUAGACAUUGGAUAA